CAGUAACGGCGCUAAGAUGUGAGAGCCGGAGAGGCUGAGCACUUGAGGUGGACUUUUAACUGACUUUUUUUUAGUAGUAGUACACGCCAGCGCUUGACCUCGCCCGGUUCACGUAAAGUCGUUUUCAUCGUAAUUUCUUAACUUUAGCAAUGUAACGCUAGCUAGAUAACGCAUUUAUUUAUUUUUUCGGUCGUCGUCACAAUGACGGAGCGGACUCCUCUCCUCCACUACCGCCUCUCCACCAGCGUCAAUGAGUCCGAGCCGCGGUCACCUGAGCCCGGGCAGCCUCCGGCGCAGCACCCGGGCAGCCCGCGGCGGAGGCCCGCCCCGCAGCGGCAGCCGAAGAAACUCUCCAUCUUCUUCGGGGUGGUGAUCCCCACCUUGCUGUCGAUGUUCAGCGUGGUGGUGUUCCUCAGAAUAGGAUUCAUGGUGGGCCAGUCCGGACUGUACCAAUCUAUCGCCAUGCUCCUGGUGGCCUACUUCAUCAUCUGCAUGACGGUGCUGUCGGUCUGCGCCAUCUCCACCAACGGAGCCCUGGACGCCGGGGGGGCCUACUACAUGAUCAGCAGAGCGCUGGGGCCCGAGUUCGGCGGCAGCAUCGGCAUCAUGUUCUUCCUGGCCAACGUGUGCGGCAGCGCGCUCUACGUGCUCGGCCUGGUCGAGGCCAUCGUGGCCACCUUCGGCGUGCCGGAAGACGGGUCGGUGGCCACCUCCCCCUUCCAGGUCCUGCCGUCGGGCUACUGGUGGUCUCUGCUCUACGCCACGGGCGUGGCCCUGCUGUGCCUGCUGGUGUGCCUGGUGGGGGCCCACAUCUACGCCAAGGCCACCUUCCUCAUCUUCCUGGUGGUCAUGUUCGUCCUGGGCACCAUCUUCCUCAGCUUCUUCGCCGUGGGCCCGCGCACCAUCGUGCUGCCCGGCUCCGCCUUCAACCCGCCGGCCAAUGGGACGGGCCCGGCCUUCCCCACCACCGGCAACUUCACCGGCUUCAAGCUGGACACGCUGCUGGGGAACCUGGGGGCCGACUACACCCUGGACUACACCACAAACACCGUGAUGACCUUCGCCACCGUCUUCGCCGUCAUGUUUAACGGCUGCACCGGCAUCAUGGCCGGCUCCAAUAUGUCAGGCGACCUGAAGAACCCCAGCUACUCCAUCCCCCGGGGCACCAUCACCGCCGUCAUCUUCACCUUCAUCAUCUACAACCUGCUCAGCAUCCUGGUGGCCUGCUCCUGUGACCGGGUCCUUCUUCAGAGGGACUACAGCUUCCUGAGAGACAUCAACAUCUGGAACCCGUUCGUCACCGUGGGGGUUUAUUCCUCCACCCUCUCCGCCGCCAUGAGCAACCUCAUCGGAGCCUCGCGCAUCCUCUACGCCCUGGCCAGGGACGACCUGUUUGGGAAGGCGCUGUCUCCGGCGAAGAAGACGUCCCUCAGCGGCAACCCCUGGGUGUCGGUGCUCCUCUCCUGGUUCCUCGUGCAGCUGGUGCUUUUCUCCGGGAAGCUGAACACCAUCGCCAGCAUCGUGACCAUCUUCUUCCUGCUGGUGUACGCGGCCGUGGACCUGGCCUGCCUCGCCCUGGAGUGGGCCUCCGCCCCCAACUUCAGGCCCACCUUCCGUUACUUCACCUGGCACACCUGCGUGCUGGGCAUCGUGGGCUGCGCCGUCAUGAUGUUCCUCAUCAACGCCAUCUACGCCUCGGCCAGCAUCGCCUUCAUGCUGCUGCUGCUGCUGCUGAUCCACUACCUCAGCCCCACCUCCAGCUGGGGCUACAUCAGCCAGGCGCUCAUCUUCCACCAGGUGCGGAAGUACCUGCUGAUGCUGGACGUGAGGAAGGACCACGUUAAGUUCUGGAGGCCUCAGGUCCUGCUGAUGGUGUCCAACCCUCGCAGCAGCGUGCCUCUAAUCAGGUUCAUCAACGACAUCAAGAAGAGCGGCCUCUACGUGUUGGGACACGUCCAGCUCGGAGACCUCGGCACGCUGCCGUCGGACCCCCUGCAGUCCAAGUACGAUUCCUGGCUGGCGCUGGUGGACCACCUCAACAUCAAAGCCUUCGUCAACUUGACGCUGGCCGACUCGGUGCGUCACGGCGUGCAGCACCUCCUCUUCAUCUCUGGACUAGGCGGGAUGCGUCCCAACACCCUCGUCCUCGGUUUCUAUGACGACGGCCUCCCGAGGGACAAGCUGAUCGACCCGUCGCUUGCCGCCGGUCAGCCCGCCGACCCCUCUGACUCCUCCGAGGGGCGCCCCCCCCUCUUCCACUUCUCCACCCUGCGGGGGUCCGGUGACGGGCGGGACCUCGGCGAGUCGGGCGACGGGAAGGUCCUCGGCCCCCAGGAGUACGUGGCCAUCCUCGCCGACGCCAUGAAGAUGCUGAAGAACGUGGUGCUCGCCCGCCACUUCAACGACUUCGAGCGGGCCGGCGUCCUGUCGGGGGGGGCGGGGGCGCUCUACGUCGACGUCUGGCCCGUCAACCUGCUGCGCCCGGACAGCUGCAGCUACGUCGACACCUGCUCCCUCUUCCUGCUGCAGCUGGCGUGCAUCCUCAACAUGGUGCGCGCCUGGCGCCGGGCCACGCUCCGCCUCUUCCUGUGCGUGGAGGAGGGGCGCAGCGUGAGGGGCUCGGAGGAGAAGCUGGGCCAGCUGCUGAAGGAGCUGCGCAUCAAAGCUCAGGUGUACUCGGUGCCCUGGGACCAGCAGGUGGCGCUCCACUGGCAGCGCCAGGGCGAGUGGGCCCAGAAGCCGCCGGCGCCGGCGCCGCGGCCCCCCGACGGGGGGAAGGAGGCGGAGGAGGAGAGCGACGAGCAGUACGCCAACAGCUUCCCGAGCAACGCCACGCGCCUCUCCGACGACUACCUGUCCGCCGUCAACCGGCUGAUCCUGGACUCGGCCCGGCCCGCCCCCGCCGUGCGCUUCCUGUACUUGCCCCGCCCGCCGGCCGACACGCGGCGCUACACCACCUACCUGCAGCAGCUGCAGCUGAUGACGCGCGAGCUGGGCCCCACGCUGCUCAUCCACGGGGUCACGCCCGUCAUCACCACCGACCUCUGAGGGGAGGGGCUCCGUCGUUCGACCCCCGAAACCCUGAUCCGUUCCAACCUGAACGUCUAAUAAACAGAAGGUCUGCUUUGCAGUUACACAAUAAUAAAUGUGUCGCUAUUACAGAGGUUCUUAAAACAUUUCACUCCAAAAAUGAUUUCAUGUGGGAUCUCAGGAAGACGUUCCUCUUUUUUCUGUACUUUUUGUGAACUGAACCACGAGCUCUGCAAAAACUACUGACACAUGUUUACGGUGCCAAAAACUACUGUGAUUAUACGUGGAUUUUAGGUUCAUUAGGAUAGUUUUUACUGACCCGUUUUGAAUCAAUAAUAUUUUCUGAGUUGGCGUGCAAAUAAUAGAUAAUAAAACUGGUCCUGUUCUGCCCCUGAUUGGGUGAUACUCGCUGCCAUCGUUGGUUUGAUUGGCCGUGAACCUGAAACAAACCAAUCAGAGCCAGAGGAGGGCGGGUCUCUUGGCGGAACCUCGAUCUAAAAGUGGCCACCCUGGUUCCAGUGGACUAAAGAGCAGCCAAUCAAAUCUCUUGAGGUGCUAGCAUCCGUUAGCCAAUGCUAGCUGAUACUCCCUAAUGCUAACGGAUGCUAACAGCUUCAGAAAGCUGCAGAACGAGGCUCCGGUUUCUUCUCAAAAGUCACACAGCAGAAGUUCUGUAGCAUUUUGAGUCGAGCUUAGAGUUAGAAUGAAGCAUCAGGUUUUAUCGUGACAUAAUGCGACAAUGUGUAGCUGGAGGAAAGGGCGGCGCUUUGCGGUUCUGAUGAUGUUUGCACACUACACUCCUGGACACUACGCCGCCAGCCGCUGUCCUGAAAGCACAAACAACAACCAUGAGGAUUUGUUGGAGUGAUGAAAUGCUCAAAUAUAUCUGUAAUUUGGACGAUGGAAUCUGAUGUGAGUGAAAAAGAAUAAAGCGGUUUGUAACGUGUUUCCUGCUGCUGGUUCCAGGUGGUUUA